UUGAAUAUGAAAACAUAAUUUGUUUUUUUUCUUCCUCUCUCGCUUGUGCACCUCCUCCGUAACACUCUUUCCGCCGCCACUCUCUCUGUCUCUUGAGCCUCCGGAGCAGAUGGCAAGCAAUAUUAUCAUGUUCGAGGAUAUCUUCGUGGUCGAUAAGCUAGACCCUGAUGGCAAAAAGUUCGAUAAAGUUACGCGUGUUGAAGCUAGGAGCCACAACUUGGAAAUGUUUAUGCAUUUAGAUGUUAACACUGAGGUUUAUCCAUUGGCUGUUGGUGAUAAGUUCACGCUGGCUAUGGCUCCCACGCUUAAUCUCGAUGGAACCCCUGAUACCGGAUAUUUUACUCCGGGAGCAAAGAAAACGCUUGCGGAUAAGUAUGAAUACAUAAUGCACGGGAAGCUUUACAAGAUCUCUGAGCGUGACGGCAAAACUCCAAAAGCAGAGCUAUAUGUUUCGUUCGGCGGGCUCCUGAUGUUGCUUCAGGGAGAUCCGGCCCACAUUUCGCACUUUGAACUCGACCAGAGGCUCUUUCUACUCAUGAGGAAGUUGUGAGAUGCUGUUGUCUGAUUAUUAUCUGGAAACUUUGGCAUAAAACUGAAUUAACAGAGAGAGGUUUAUCUUAUGUUGAACUUUGCUAUUAUAACGUAUGCUAUAUUUAUGAAGCAACUGCUGUACAUCAACUGUGACCAGAGCUUUCAAGUUUCUACAUAUGUUUUGUC